GAGAGUCCGAGCGGAUAGGAGCACCAGGAGCAAGGCAAAGGAGCCCCGCGGUCCUAGAGGUUCGCUUCUCCCCCAUGAGUGACCCCCUUCCCUCCUUCCUGGAGCUUGCUGCCUGGGAGAUGAUUGCCAAGUUCAGCUACUGAGGUGCCUUUGUGUAGCCCCGCUCGCGGACCCCGGCUCUCGCGCCCUAGCACGAGCCCGGCUCCCCUCCGGAUCGCUUGCUUGCUGGAGCUCUCUCGAGCGCUCGGUGGCGGUCUGCCCUCCUGCGAGUCCUUACCUAGUGGAAUGAUACACAGACCAAGUUUUCUGAGACAGGAAGUGAGGAAUGUUUUCACUAUGACUGAGUUGGAGGGGAGCCUGGCAUGCCCUUCCCGACCCAAGGGACGCAAUGAGACCCUUGUGAAGGAAGACCGGUGAGCGAUGUCUUCCAGGGGAGAGCCCGAACUGUUUGCGUUUUGUAGCUGAGGAUGCAUUACCUCCAAACCUCUUCAGCUGGAUCACUGCAACAGUACUUUGGUGGAUGAUCCCUUCACCCGGACCUUGGAGAAUCCGAUGCUUUUUAAUGGCUGCAGACACUGCUGGGUGAGCAGCCUGAGACUACAACUCUCAACUCCUCAGGAGACCAACAUUCUCUCUCCUUUACCUUCCACUGGGUCAGUGGUGGUGCUUUUUCCUCCCUGCCCCUUUACAAUAGAAGGGGAGAUAAAAUGCCACUUCCAUUUGGGUUGAAACUGAAACGUACUCGUCGAUACACAGUGUCCAGCAAGAGCUGUUUGGUUGCCCGAAUCCAACUGCUAGACAAUGAGUUUGUGGAGUUCACACUUUCCGUGGAGAGCACUGGUCAGGAAAGCCUGGAAGCCGUAGCCCAAAGACUAGAGCUUCGUGAGAUUACUUAUUUCAGCCUGUGGUAUUACAACAAGCAGAAUCAGCGCCGAUGGGUAGAUUUGGACAAGCCUUUGAAAAAGCAGUUAGACAAGUAUGCAUUGGAACCUACUGUCUAUUUUGGAGUGGUGUUUUAUGUGCCCACGGUUUCUCAACUUCAGCAGGAAAUUACCAGGUAUCAGUAUUAUCUACAACUGAAGAAAGAUAUAUUGGAAGGAAAUAUUCCUUGCACAUUAGAACAGGCAAUUCAGCUUGCUGGCUUAGCUGUUCAAGCUGAUUUUGGUGACUUUGAUCAGUAUGAAUCCCAGGAUUUUCUACAAAGAUUUGCCUUGUUUCCUGUGGGAUGGUUACAGGAUGAAAAAGUGUUGGAAGAAGCAACGCAAAAAGUGGCCUUGCUAUACCAAAAAUACAGAGGGCUUACCCCACCUGAUGCUGAAAUGCUAUAUAUGCAAGAGGUAGAGAGGAUGGAUGGUUAUGGGGAAGAGAGCUAUCCUGCUAAGGAUAGCCAGGGAAGUGACAUCUGUAUUGGAGCCUGUCUCGAUGGCAUCUUUGUGAAACACAAAAAUGGAAGACCUCCUGUUAUAUUUAGGUGGCACGACAUUGCUAAUAUGUCACACAAUAAGUCCUUCUUUGCAUUAGAACUGGCAAAUAAAGAGGAGACCAUCCAAUUUCAAACUGAAGACAUGGAAACUGCCAAAUAUGUAUGGAGGCUGUGUGUUGCUAGACACAAGUUUUACAGACUAAACAAAUGCAAUCUGCAAACUCAGACUCUUACAGUGAAUUCUGUUAGAAGGAGGUCUUCAUCAAGGAUGUCUCUGCCUAAGCCACAGCCAUAUGUGAUGCCUCCACCACCUCAGUUACAUUACAAUGGACAUUAUACAGAACCAUAUACUUCUUCUCAAGAUAACCUCUUUGUGAACAACCAGAAUGGAUAUUAUUGCCAUUCUCAGACAAGUCUAGAUAGAGCACUUGACUACAAUGGAAGAAUCCGCAAUGGGAGUGUCUACAGUGCCCAUAGCACGAACUCUUUAAAUAAUCCACAACCCUUCUUACAACCUUCACCAAUGUCCUCUAACCCAAGCAUUACUGGAAGUGACGUUAUGAGACCUGACUAUGUUCCAUCACACAGACAUAGUGCUCUGAUACCACCAUCCUAUCGCCCCACCCCAGAUUAUGAAACUGUGAUGAGGCAGCUCAACAGAGGAGUGAGCCAUGCCGACAGGCAGAGCCACUCACUGAGAAAUCUCAACAUUGGCAAUUCAUAUGCUUAUAGUAGGCCUGAUGCUUUGGUCUACAGUCAGCCUGAAAUCAGGGAACGUGCUCAGUUUACCUCUCCGCAGUCAGCGCAUUAUCCAUUCAAUCUAAAUUACAGCUUUCAUAGCCAGUCACCUUACCCCUACCCUGCUGAGAGGAGACCUGUUGUUGGAGCUGUGAGUGUGCCCGAGUUGACUAAUGUGCAACUUCAGGCUCAGGAUUAUCCAGCUCCCAAUAUCAUGAAAACACAAGUUUAUAGACCACCUCCGCCUUACCCAUAUCCACGGCCUGCCAAUAGCACCCCAGACUUAUCCCGGCAUCUGUACAUCAGCAGUAGCAACCCGGAUCUCAUUACGAGGCGAGUCCACCAUUCAGUGCAGACGUUCCAAGAAGACAGUCUCCCAGUUGCCCAUUCUUUGCAGGAGGUCAGUGAACCGUUGACUUCAGCCCGGCAUGCUCAGUUACAGAAGAGGAACAGCAUUGAGAUAGCUGGAUUGACCCAUAGUUUUGAAGGAAUAAGGCUUAAAGAAAGGACCAUGUCUGCCUCUGCUGCUGAUGUGGCAGUGCCCCGGGUCAUAGCAGCCAGCUCUCAGCCAAAUGUUUUCAUAGAAAGGACAAGACAAGAAGAAAAUGAAGAGCAAGAGAAUGUGAGAUAUGGUCAUAAGAAAUCUCUUUCAGAUGCCACCAUGCUGAUUCACAGCAGUGAAGAAGAAGAAGAAGAAGAUUUUGAGGAAGAAAGUAAAGCAUGUACCACCACGCUCUCUCCUCAUCCUGAUGAGACCAUGCAGCGUUCUUCGGGGAUAGGUGGUUAUUCUAAAGAACCUUUGCUUGGUUACCCAUAUGGUUCUGUUACCCCUGGGCCCAACCCUUUGCAUAUUCUUGAGCCAAAGUCACAUAUCCUAGAGACUGAGAAGACCGUAAGAGCCAUCAGUCCAGUUCAUGUGAUAGUUGAAGCCCAGGUACCUAGAAGAGAAGGGUUAUUGACUCCAUCAAUGUCAGAGUCUGACCUCACAACAUCAGGACGCUAUAGAGUGAAAAGGGAUUCUCUUAAAAAGAGGCCCGUGUUGGACAUUCUUUCAGGAAAGAAGAAUGUUGUUGAGGGUCUUCCUCCAUUAGGGGGAAUGAAAAAGAAUCGAGCAGAUGCAAAAAAAUGUGGUCCUCUUAAACUGGCUGCUUUGAAUGGAUUGUCGUUAUCUAGAAUGCCCUUGCCUGAUGAAGGAAAGGAAGUGCCUACCAGAGCAACCAAUGAUGAGAGGUGUAAAAUUCUGGAACAGAGAUUAGAACAGGGAAUGGUAUUCACAGAAUAUGAACGCAUUCUGAAAAAACGGCGGAUAGAUGGGGAAUGUGCAAUAGCACGACUCCCUGACAAUGCAGAGAGAAACAGAUUCCAAGAUGUGCUCCCCUAUGAUGAUACCAGAGUAGAAUUGGUCCCAACCAAAGAAAACAAUACUGGUUAUAUCAAUGCAUCACAUAUUAAGGUCUCCGUUGGUGGCAUCGAAUGGGAUUAUAUUGCCACCCAAGGGCCUUUGCAAAAUACAUGUCAGGAUUUUUGGCAGAUGGUAUGGGAACAAGGGAUUGCUAUCAUAGCAAUGGCAACAACCGAAGAAGAGGGUGGACGAGAGAAGAGCUUUAGGUAUUGGCCACGGCUUGGUUCAAGGCACAACACUGUGACAUAUGGAAGAUUUAAAAUCACGACACGAUUCCGCACUGACUCUGGCUGCUAUGCCACAACUGGCUUGAAGAUCAAACAUCUUCUCACUGGGCAAGAAAGAACAAUCUGGCAUCUUCAGUAUACUGAUUGGCCCGAACAUGGUUGUCCAGAGGAUUUAAAGGGAUUUUUGUCCUACCUGGAGGAGAUCCAGUCAGUUCGUCGCCAUACAAACAGCACAACUGAACCUAAAGGCCCCAACCCUCCUCUGCUGGUCCAUUGCAGUGCUGGUGUAGGAAGAACUGGAGUGGUCAUUUUGUCGGAGAUCAUGAUUGCUUGUUUGGAGCACAAUGAGAUGCUGGACAUCCCACGAGUGCUGGACAUGCUGAGGCAACAAAGAAUGAUGAUGGUGCAGACACUCUGUCAGUACACUUUUGUCUAUGGAGUUCUUAUCCAGUUCCUGAGAAACUCAAGGCUUAUAUAACUUCCACCUGUUUCUCCUGGGACCCAAUUACCUAUAAAGAGUUUACAAGGAAAAAAAGUGGGUUUAUCAAGGCAAACCCAUUUGUUCUUGGGCUUUUACCCCCAAUCUUCUUACACAAGGUGUAGGGUGCUAAUGUCAUCUCAUGGUGGUGCACUGCAUAGAGCCUUAGAAGUCACAAGGCUGAAGAGGUGGAUUUCUGCUUGGGGAAAGUGCUGAAAGAUUGGGGAUUUAUUUGGAGUAAAUGAGCUCAGCUCCUGUCUAUGCUGAUUUGCGGUACUUGCACACAUUCUUGAGGUUGUGUUUUCUAGAUAAAAUGAUUCUCUACCUUACUGAAACUAUGCUGGGCAGUUCUGGCAAUCGUAAAGGCAAUGUAUAGAUUUCUAUCUCAAAACUACUUUUUGAUAAGAGAAUUUUAUUUUGUGACUAAAAUAUCUAAGGGGUAGCUUUAGUAAGAAACCCAACUUUCCAUGGGACUUGUCCACAAUUACAAGUGGUUUCAGGACACAUCAACUUUAUAUAUAUAUUUUUUAAAAUGUUAAUAUCUUUUCUGUUCAUCAUUUUCUUUUUGUUUGUUUUUUAUUCUUGGUAACUUAGGGUUUAAUUAUCAAACUGCAAAAAGAUGUUUAAAGGUCUCAUUUAGGAUAUAGGAGGCUUCUUUGUAUUCAGAAAAUUAAUUUUUCAUUUCAAAUUUUUUAAAUUUCCAAAUUACUAUUGAAAAUGAAAAGAUUCUCAAAUUAUCUUCAGGAUUUGUUAAAGGAAAAGUUGGAACUGAAUGCACAGUCACUUCAAAUGUUUUAAGUAACAAAGUCAACAGCAUUUGAUAUAUUUUCAGUAUUAUUUGUAAGCUCAGAUGACCCUUUGAUUUUACUGGUUGAAAUUUUAGUGGAUGAAAAAGAUGGUUUUAAAGCACUUUUUAAAAAAUGAAAAUCAAUACAUUUCAAUUUCAUUCAUGUAUUGUUUUAUAAGUUGAAACAUUAACAACAGUAAUGAGGAUGAUGUUUCAAAAGAAAUAUUUUAUAGUUUGAAUGUAAGAAAUAAGGAUUUUGAGUAUGUAGGAUAAGUAAGAGAUGAGGAAGUGCAACACAGUUGUGAACAUGGGAAAGUUUUAUUUUUCUGUUGUCAUUACAAAGAUACAGUAUUAUUAAUUUUGUUCUUCUAUACUUAAACCACUCCCUGAGAGUACUGGGGGUGAGGGGAAAUGGGUGAAAGAUUGACAGGAGACAGGGUCUUCCCUAGGGGGAUUCAGAUCCCGGGAUAAAUCACAUCAUGUUCCUUGCCUCCCCUUCCUUUUCCAUUUUUUAUAUAGGUGAAAUUAUUGUGUUAGUACAUCAAGAGCAGGCACAAAAGGGCAACUUGGGGGAUGAGUGAAAUGAGUGAAAUGGCUUUCUGGGAAAGGUGGUUCUGAGCUUUAUGCUAAUGCCAGAAGGAUUAUGGGUUAGUUGUAUGCAUGUGAACCUCCACAUCUUUUUUCCCCCCAUACUCAUUGAUAUAUCCUUCUCCCAACUUCCAUUCCAAAGUUGUCGCCCUAUGGCACCAACGUCCUAUUAAUUCUCUUCUAAGGCCAUCACCAUGCUUCAGCAAUUAGUGAAUGGCUUUGAACUCCAAGGUAAAUCAGAGAUGCAGCUUAAUUUAUCCCUAAUUAAUAAGUACGUGUCAUUGUCAGCCAUCAUAGAGGAUUUACUCGGGGCAGUUUCAUGGUAAUAUAUUUGCCAGUCUGCAUUUGACUUACAAAAUUUAGAUACUAUGAAUCAAAGCGAUUUGGAAGUAGGAACAUAGUAUUGAUUUCAACAUCAGUUUUUUAAAAAAUCCUGUCUAAAGGAUGAUAGAACCAAUGGUGAUGUUCAGUGAUUGCUAGCUCCUUGGAAGAUUGGAAUUAUAAUAAUAUUCAUAAUGGCUGACCUUUAAAUAGUGAUUACAGGACACUUCACAUGUUAUCUCUCAUGGCAAUUUUUCCUUUCUGCACAUACAUUUGAGUUGUUGUGUUGAGUGAGUUUUUUAUACAUCUUUUCAGUGGUGCUAUCUUCUUUACUACCCUUCUCCCUCCAGUUUGAAUCUGGUUUAAACCUUUUUGAAAGGAGUGCCCUAAUGAUAAGAAGAUACUAUACAAUGAAAACUGAAUUAAAGGCUAAUGUAUGAGAUUUCCAUUUUCUUAUCUUAAUAAAUUGAUUACAAAUGGAUAAAUUAAGAAAUUAAAAUGGCAUAUUUUAGCUUUAAUAAUUUACCUAAAAUGUUACAUUAUUUUUAGUAGAUCUUAGAACUCAUGUAAUUCUGUUUGUGCCCUUUGAGUAUUUGAUAGUUGUAAAAAGAGACUAGUAGAAAAUGACUAUACUAUGUAUUCUCCAGAUUUGUCUUUCAAACAGUAAUUUCUAUCAUAGAGGGUAUAGCAAAACAACAGAAGUUUGUGAUCUUGCCAUGACUAUUAUCUAGCAAUUGAUUGUAAUACAGCCUGUCAAAAUUACACAGUGUUUAAAUUUUGGAGGUUAUUUUUAGGUUCCAAGUAAAAGAUUUAUAGCAAGUUUAUAUCAAAAUAUACUUUCACAAAAUAGGCUAAAAUGCAGUAUUUAACAAUGACCAAUUAUCACUGCUGCCAGGGUACUUUUGAAGAAAUAUUCUAGAGCAUAGUUUUAAACAGAAAAAUGAACGUCUUAUUUUAGAAUAUCAUACAGAUAUUUGUGGAAAAAUUGAUGAUAUUCUUCUGGAACAUCUACUGUGAAGCAUGAAAGUGAGCCUUAGAAUUUAGUUCUAAGUUCUUAGAACAUUGUGAUAGGAAUAAAUGAAGAAACUUGAUAGUACAAACUUCCAGAAAGCAAAGAGCACAUUGACCAGUACCCUUCCCCUCCCUGUUAAAUUAUAGGGCAAUGGGACUUCAAGAUUUUUAACUGCAUAUUUCUUUUUAUUUGAGUUUAAAACUGGCCAAGUUUUUUUCAACCUUUUAUAACUGUAACGCAUAGGUUGAAAUGGGUUUAGUGUUUAUACCUUCAAGUAAAUUUAUAUGAAGAUGUGUUUUGAUUAAUUUAUUAAAAGCAGGCUUCAUUUGGGACAAUUUGCAACAAAGAAUGGAGCUCAGUUAUUUUCUUUUGCACAAACUUUUUUAAAGGUUAAUUUUAGGCAAGAUGUUUAUUGGAAAUGUAAAUUAGUUUGAGGAUUUAAUGUAAAUUUAAAAUUAAAAGUGAUUUUUGAUAUAAAGACUUAAAAAGGAUCAUGUUACAAGGAGUAAUUUGGAGGGUAAAAAGUUACUCAGAUAAGAAAUAUGGUAGUUUCAUUUAGCUCUCAUUAACUGUUAUCGGAAUAUUAGAAGUGUUGGGCAUUUCUUAGAUUUUUAAAAAAUAUAUAGUAAUUUAAAAAAAUUCAGUUGAAGAGAUUUCUAGGUUGCUGAUAAGAUUAAAUCAAAGUGCUGGAAAAUUUUAGAAGUAUCGUGUAUUGCAUACAUAAGCAAAUGUUUAAGAUGAUGGGUUACUCAAGACACUUAAAAUAAUGUUCAAUUCUUAAAAAUCCAGAGAAACUCCUUAAAGUAUCCUAUAACUUUGGUGGGCUGUUCGGUGUUCUACUACUUAAUAAGAAAGAAAUGGUGACCCUAGUUGAUUUUUUAAAAAUUUCUAAACUCAGAUUAGUGGCAAAUUAGGAAUGUUUGCAUUUUAGUAUCUAGAUUUAGUCUCUGCUACUAACAAAAUGUUCUAAAGAAGCACUCAUUAGAUAAACAGCUAGAUAUUAUUGAUGAUUCUUCAGUAGCUUUUAAUAAAUUAUGUUUUGUCAUAUAAAAAAGACUAUGAAAAUAUAUAAGCUCUAGGCUUUAUAUUUAUUCCUGGCUGCAUCUGUACAUUAUUAUCCUCCUUGUGUAGAAUUAAUUUAUAAGUUUAUGCCAAAUACCAAAUUCAUAUCCAUGGUGGAUUGAGAUAGUUUUCCGUCUAUAUAAAAGAAGCGGUAGCCUAGAUGAAUUGCUAAGUGUGUGUAUGGAUACUACUGCAAUUGUAUGUGAGAGAGUGAAAUUUCCACUACAAAAACUUGGGUGUGAUUUGUCAAGAUAGUGUGCCCAUUUAGGAGCUGGUGGUCCACAGGAGCCAAAAGAAAACUGAAGGAGUUUAUAAUUACCUGGAUAGUUCAUAAUAGCAAUCUGGUUUUGUGUCAGUUAUCUAAAUUGACUGCUGAGCCUGGGACAGAUUUCAUGGUUAAAUGUGCAACUCUCCACUCUGCUGGGAUUGUAUGAGGGUGACCUACUUAGGUUUCAUAGGAGUAGAUACAGAUAGGAAAAAUUAAAACAUAUUACUACACAUGCUAAGGGCUUGUCCAACUUUUCUUGUUGUACUGGAACUUUUGUUUCAGAUUUCACUUGGAGAAAAAAAAAGGAUUCAUUUGCCUGGGGAUUUGGAAUUCUUUUCAUUUUGAUAUAAUGUUACAGUAAUGGUAUUUGUAGUUGUCCUGUAAUGAUAGGACACUGUAAAUUUAAAAGAUCAGAUGAUUAAUUUUGUUUCUUUGACUUAAUUUCUUAAGGCAGUGCUGUAUUUCUAGAGUUAUGUUGGAUUACUUCUUGUAAAGGGGACUGUGCUGGGCAAAAAUUACUAGGGAAGCUCAGUUUCUGUUAUAUGGUCUUUGGCACCCAUUAAGAUAUAGGUUACCUCAGGGGCCAUCAGAAAAAUGGCCAAUUACCUUCUUUUAUAGCCUGUUUCCAUAUAUUUUUUUAAAAAAAUAUAAAAAAGAACCAUUUUGAAGUUGAGCAGCCAUUGACAUAAUGCCUUUUAAGCAGUGAUUUUAAAAUUUGCCAGGUGAUCUGUUUGUUUCUUACUUGGGGCCAGAUUAAAAAGGUCAUUUUUUAAAGGGGCAUUAGAUUAGGAGGCUGGAGACUUGAGUUUUAAUUCUGACUCUGCCACUAGCCAGCUAGAUGACCAUGGGCAAGUCACUUCAUUCCACAAACAUUUGUUCAUCUGACUUGAUCUUAAUAGUAGUUUCCUUACUUUUGCACCAUGAGGGAGUUGGACUAGGUUCUCCAUGAAUUCUUUUCCAGUUUGAAUUCUAGCCUGAAUCCAUGAAACCAAAAAUAUGGAUUGAAGGCCAUCAGAUUAACCAUUGUGGAUAUACAGCUAAUCUGACAUAGAUGGGAAUUUAUACCUUUCAUUUAGAACUAGCAGUUUAUAGUUGGAGCUGUUAAAUUACAAUUUGGAUGAUAUUGGCUUCUGCCAGAGCAGAUAUCCUUGAUCAGGUCUAAUUUCAUUUUAUGAGGACUGAGUUAUAGUAUGUAACUAGUUUCUGGGGUGAUACAUUAGCCCUUAGCAUUUUUAGACCGUUGAUUAUGUGUAAGCUGUGAAGGACAUACUAUUUCCAGGUUUAAAAAAUAUAAUCCUGACUUAUUAAAUGAAUAAAAAUAAGAUUUAAAUACUGACUUGGAACAUACAUUUGCCUUAGGAUUCUAUUACUCAAUAGUUGUGGACACUUAAUAUAAAUUUUUUGCACCAUCAAAUAAUGGAGUGGGCAUAUCUCUUCAAACUAAACAUGGGAAUUGGAGAGAACUUAACUAAAAGAGGAAACUGGAACUUGGAACAUGUUUUUUAAUGCUAGCAACUAGCUGGUGGGUUUUAAUUACAUAGUACAUUUUUCAUGGUAUUGAACAAGUAGUUAUAGAUCUUGUUAUUGGUCAUCUUCAAUAUUUUUGGAAACAAACUUUCUUUGGUUAAUAGCACCCAACUUAGAAGUUCAGUAGCUCAGUUUUUGUCUUUGCAGGUAUAAGCUGUUCAGGUUUAUUAGUAUGCUUCGGAAUCUCUGAGUAAAACUUUCAAGAUAGAAGAAAUUCUCUUUGCUAUGUUGGACAAGCAUUUUUUUUUCUUUUGAAGAGCAAUUUUUAAACAGAUGAGUGUAUACUCAAACCUUGGCAGCAGCCAGGCAAUUUGGCUGAUUUUGCCUAUGUUCAUUCAUUCCCUUUGAUUCAGUGAAGUGGUUAAGAAACUUAGUUUUAAAAUGCUUUUCUAUAAUAAAUUUUUAAAAUGUUAAUGACAUGAACUAGUUUUCAUAUGGGGAGAAAACAAUUUGGUGUGCAAAGAUGUUAAGAAAUUUAAGUGAAAGAAAGCAGAUGCUUAUAGCAGGUCAGAAAGUUACUUUUUGUAUAUAUUCUGUUACAUAAUUUGUUUUUUUUUAAAGGAAACUGUUUAAAUCCUACCAAAUAGUACUGUGAAGCAGGGUUUUAACAAUUUUGAGAGAGAGAGAGAAAAAGUUUUCACUAAAUAUUAGAUAAUUUUCUGUAACAAUUAAUCUAAUGGAAACUUGAAAUUUGGAGAAGGUUGGUAGGAUGCAUGGUGGCCUUUAGAAAUGCUUCCAGCUCAUUUAGGCCAGUGCACCAGUUUUCUUUUUCAAUGAAAGCACAAAUGAGUUGUCAAGUAUUAUUUUCCACUUUCAAAAAUAGUUCUGUAUGUUUCAUUGUCUGGUCAUUGAUUCUGUAAAAAAUGUAUAAUCAGAACAGCUUUAAUUCUUGUAAAACAGACAUUGGUUUGUAAAGCAAUGUGUAAAUUGCAUUUGAUGGGCAGAAAGCUUGAAUGACUAAAUGUAAUAUAUGUGAAAUGAAUAUAUUAUAGUCUAUUUUUGCCAUGAAAAUAAAUA